AUGAAGGAAGUGAUGAAGGGAAGGAUGAAGGAAGUGAUGAAGGAAGUGAUGAAGGAAGUGAUGAAGGAAGUGAUGAAGGAAGUGAUGAAGGAAGUGAUGAAGGAAGUGAUGAAGGAAGUGAUGAAGGAAGUGAUGAAGGAAGUGAUGAAGGAAGUGAUGAAGGAGAAUCGAUGCUGUGACAAGAAGAGCUGUGGGAACAGGAACGAGACGCCUUCAGACCCAGUCAUUAUCGACAGGUUCUUCCUCAAGUUCUUCCUGAAGUGUAACCAGAACUGUCUGAAGAACGCUGGGAAUCCUAGAGACAUGCGUCGCUUCCAGGUGGUGAUAUCGCAGCAGGUGGACGUGGCAGGACCUCUGCUGGCCGUGUCUGACAACAUGUUCGUUCACAACAACUCGAAGCACGGAAGGAGAGCCAAGCGGCUAGACCCUACAGAGGGUAUGUUUGGUCUAUAUCCGCCACUACCAGCCACUCCGUGUAUCAAGGCCAUCUCUCCCUCCGAGGGUUGGACAACUGGAGGCGCUACGGUCAUCAUUAUUGGUGAUAACUUCUUCGACGGUCUUCAGAUAGUAUUCGGUACUAUGCUGGUCUGGAGCGAGUUGGUCACGUCACAUGCCAUCAGAGUUCAGACACCUCCUCGUCACAUCCCUGGUGUGGUUGAAGUAACUCUCUCGUACAAGUCAAAGCAAUUCUGUAAAGGAGCUCCCGGGAGAUUUGUCUAUGUUUCACUGACGGAACCCACCAUCGACUACGGGUUCCAGCGACUCCAGAAGCUCAUCCCGCGGCAUCCAGGUGACCCGGAGAAGCUGCCGAAGGAGAUCAUUCUGAAGAGGGCAGCCGACCUGGCCGAGGCUCUCUACUCCAUGCCCAGGAAUAACCAGCUGGCCCUGCCGGCCCCCAGGUCGCCAGCCAUGAACCAGACGUCGGCCAUGACCGGAUUUAACACCUACACAGGCCAGCUGGCCGUCAGUGUCCAAGACACAGCCAACACGCAGUGGGGCGAAGAGGACUACACGCGUGCCCAGGGCCCCGGCGUGGGCAUAUCCUCGCCCAGGGGCGCCGCCUUCCCCUCCAACGCCUCCACUCCCCACUCCUCCUCCACGGGCUCCUCCUCCUCCUCCUCCUCCUACGGUGCCUCCAUCAACACCUCCGGCUACGCUUCUCCUGCGAGUCUGGCUAACAUGAGCGCCUCACCCAACCUCUUCAACAGCACUUCCAGAAUGGGCGGGUUCAUGUCCUCUGCCUUCUCCUCCAUGGGUCACUUUGCCCUACCUCCCUGCGGGGCCCAGCCCUACGGUCACUCCCUCGUCCACUCCCCAGCUAAGUGAUAGUGAGCCCCACCCUGCACCGCCCCACGGGGCCCAGCACUACGCCUGUUACCUGAUUGCAACUCCACAAGAGCCUUCCUUGAGCUGAACGUGGCUCUCUAUCGAAGAUCGAACAUUUCCGAGGCACGGCCUGAGUCAGCCUGUGAGUCUUACUACGAGUCUCUUCUAAAGAAAUCUUGUGACGUCGUAUAGGAAAGUUACAUAACACGUCUGAUAAAUUUACGGGUGGCGUCUGCUGCACACACACACACACACUCACACACACACAAGUAGUUCUUUGGUCUGAAGAAGAGCAGAAGUUAGAUGGUCAGUCUAUCGAAAGCAGCAUUAUGCUGAGAUGCAAGAUCUCUGUGGUCUGAAUUGUGCAGUGCUUCUCACUCUCAGCAAAACGAAAGCACAGCAGAUCAUUGGUUGACAGUGAAAAGAAACCAACAGCGUCAUACCAGGAGUGCCAGAACGUCAUCAUACCAGGAGUGCCAGGGACUCAUCAUACCAGGAGUGCCAGAGAUUCACAUUAUAUUCAUUAUUUUCACCAGUUAGUGACUAGCAACAACAGAAAACAUUCAUUCAGUGAUAGUUGUCGAACACUGGGCAUGCCAGGGUGUCCUAUUAUCCACAUCAGGUGGUGUGGGAGGGUAGUGGUGAGGAGGAUCAACAGUGGAUAUCACGGACGUGAAUGAUGGUGAUAAAGUGAAGUGUAGGAAACCACGAACCUGUUGAAACUAAUAAAAAAAUAAUGUUGGUCAGAUUACGAGGCUAUGAAGUGGAUGAAGAAAGUGGAUAGCGAGGUCUCUCCGAAGAGAAUGGAGGAAGAGGAUGACUGGUCAAUCCGAAGUUGAAUCUCAAUGGCGUGUUACCGAAAAAUUAGGUAAAGAAAAGACACAGGCUGCAGAACGAGCUUUUAUCGGGACAUCGUUUUGCUCUGUGUAGAGCUUUGUCAAACCAAGUCAAGGCGUUGCCUCAUUCAAGUUCGUUGUACAACCUGUCUUUUCCACAGUGUCUUCGCCGAGGCUGAGGAGCACGGACAGCACUUCUCUCUAUCCGAAAUAUUGUACAAUGUCAACAUUUGAUAUUUUCUAAAUUUUUACAUAAUUGGUAAUCUUGCAUUCUCAGUAAACUUUGAAUCCCUCUCAUUUAUCCCUUGUGUGAGCUAUAAAAAACUCGAAACUAUGUCUGUGGCAAUCGAGCGAUUUUUCUUUUAUCUUUCUCAUUCACAUUUAUUCACCCAAGACUCAUUGUCAGGUUUGUUCGAUAGCUGUUACGGCUAAAUAACAUCCUCCUCUCAUGGGUAACGUUAAGCUGAGUUAAAUUAAGCUAAGUUAAUCUGUCACAAUUUAAUCGUAAACUUGAGAUUAUUCGAUUAAGGAGGAUGUUAUCGGGAUGGAACAGCUACCGAUUUAAAGGAUGAGGAUGCUAGGAUUAGCAUAUUUUGGGAAGGAACUGUUUUCAUAUGUGGAUUUUUGCAGGAUCUAUAACUCAAAAUCCCCCCAUCCCCAUUUUUUUAUAUUCUUCUGAUGAAGACUGGUUGUGGGUUGUCGAGUCUCCACAACGCAUCGUUCAUCAAGAGGCCUACAGAUUAAUUUUAAUAAGCGUUGAACACCAGGUGGAAAAUUUGCUUUCCGAAGUUGCUUGAGAAAGUUCGUGAUUUGUGGUGAGCACGGCAGUGCCAAAGCCAAAGCCAAAGCCAAGCCUAGGGUUGGCUUCGGCUUCGGAGCAAGCUCAAGCCGUCUCUCUCAAGCUGGGAACUGUUAUUAACCACUGGAAAUAUCCCACAACACUAAUUCGGUAUAUAGAUAUUUAUUCUCUAAAAAAAAAUAAUCAGCUUUAAAAAAAAAACAGCACUGAUGAAAUUGCCAUAGCAGAGAGAAACAGAAAAAACGUGGAAAAAAGACACUAGAGGGGGAACUAGGAUAG